AUGGUUGAACAGUGUAAUCAUCCAGUGAGGAUAGAGGGAAUGUGUGGGUGCUGUGGUGCAGAUGUGAAUGAGCGGAGUGAGGAAUUAUUUACACUCCUUCAUAAUAACACAAGCUUACUUCUAAAUAAAAAAGAAGCAGAGAGAGUUAAUGAAGAAAUGUACACUGGCACUGUUAAAAGCAAGAGGUUAGUAUUGCUUCUGGAUUUAGACCAGACAGUCAUUCAUACGAGUGCAUCGGGAAAGUUCAAAAAGUAUUUUGAAGCACUGAGGCCUUACUUAACCCAGGAGUCACCCGAUACUUCUACUCCGGAUAAUGAAACAGCCCAAAGUACCCCAGAAAUAUCUGGAGAUAUGACGGCGUGUAUAGAAGAAUCCAUAAGUAAAGAAAUAAAAAUGGGCUUAGACUGUGAUAAGUCUAAUAAUAUAAAUAGUAACAGGACCAGGCGUAUUACAGAUAUAAAUAUAGACCAAAGAAAAAGAAGAAAACUCACAGGGAGUGCUGAAUUAUUAGAUAUACAGAAAAAAAAGAAAGAACAUUCAAUGACAUACGAGAAAUAA